ACGUUUACGAUCUAAAAUAUAUGACAUUUACAUCGACUUUUCGAAUGUCAAAUGUAAAGUGCAAAAUGGAUGCCAAGUUACAGUUUCUUUAAAACGAUAAGUUAAAGAGAUAUCGUGCAAAAUUACAUAAAUAAUUUAAGAUAAAAUGGAACCUACUCCGCCCGAUUCGCGUAAUCACAACGAUUCUAACCCACAAGAGAUAUCUGUAGACAAUAAUUUGCCAAGCCCUCCUCCAGUCACAGGUCUGGUUACAGUCCCUGUCCCAAACAUACAUAUUGUCCUUGCAAGUUCCUCAACUGAAGACAUUCCACCACCAAAAGCAGAUUAUUACGCACCUCCUCCAUAUGAAGUUGCCACAAAAGGUACUAAGCUACCUACAUAUGAAGAAGUACAAAGGGAGAAGCAUUUAGAGGAGCAAGAUAUCUCCAUUAACUCUCCGACUCCCAGACCUUUGCAGUUCCGACCACCGGGACAGAGGGUUUUGACGAUUGAAAGUGAAAAUCCUGAUGAUGUAGACACAUCCUUAUUAGGAACUGAUUUUAUGUUUUACAUUGCCUUUUUUGUUGCUUUUAUAUUUAAUUGGAUAGGAUUCUUAUUGUUAAUGUGCUUUUGCCACACGAUUGCUUCAAGGUAUGGUGCCCUUUCUGGGUUCGGUUUGUCCCUGGCAAAGUGGACUUUCAUCGUACAGCAUUCGACAGAAUUGGCAUCGAAAGACAACAGUUGGUUGUGGUGGCUGAUCAUGACUUUUGGUCUCAUUAUAUGCAUUCGAGCUAUAUUGCAAUAUUUAAGCAUUAAACGUGGCUGGCACAUGCUUUCCGCAAGUCACCAGGAGAGACUUUUGUUCUUCUAUUAAGAUUUAAAUGUCAGUAUGAAUUGUACUAACUAUUGAUUCUUUUUACAUUUGCAAGAGGUAUGAGAUUAGAAAUUACUUAUGUACUUUUUCAUUCCUGAUUUUUUUACAAUUUCAUUGUAUAUUUUGAUAUUUUUCACAAUCUAGUGUACUGUACGUGUUUGUGAUUUUUUUUAUGUGAUGAUAGUAACUUUUUGUAAUGCACCGACAGUUAUCGCGUCGUCACAUGUAACUGCAUAAUUCUAAUUAGUGUUACUAUGUUGUGUACAAAUAUAUCCCCUUAUAGAUAAUUAUGUACUAGAUCUGAAAUGUAUUAAUAUAACAACAAACCCAAA